GAGACCAGAGACCAGAGACCAGAGACCAGAGACCAGAGACCAGAGACCAGAGACCAGAGUCCAGAGACCAGAGACCAGAGACCAGAGACCAGAGACCAGAGACCAGAGAACAGAGAGAAAAAGAAACUACGAGGGUGAAUCAGGGAAAACUCCAGUCCGGUCAUGGAAGCAGAGCUGGAAGAAGAGGACGGGAGUUUCACUAACAUCUCCCUCGCCGAUGACAGACAUACAGGGGACAGAGGAACUGCAGUCCUGCUCACCAAACAGGACAACGAGGACUUCACCAUGAACUGUCACAUCGAUGGAGACAUGGAGAACCAGGUUGAGAUGGAGGAGAAGACGAGGCUCAUCAACCAGGUGCUAGAGCUACAACACACACUGGAAGGUAACAUCUCUCU